GAUCAUCGCUGGUCGGAACCGCCGUCGUACGUCACGGACUCCCACGCUUGGCGGCUUACCUCUGACAGUGCUGGCAAGUUGGGCAUUGCCUUUGGCGAGUGGGUUGGCAAGGUUGAAGAGUUCUUCAGCCACCUGCUCGACGGUGAGGGUCUGGACAAAGACAGCAAGGAGAAAACGGCUUGGUGCAGGAAGCUGCGGCAGCUCAACAUCGCCACGAACGACACCAUCAGGCGCUACAAGGACGAGAGCAGCAAGAUUGCUGCCAGCUUGCAGCGGAUGGAAUGUUAUUCCCAGUAUCUGGCCUUCUCCCAAUGGGCGGAGGAGCAGUACGUUGCCGCACCUGGGAAGCUGUUUCGACUUAUCAAGGACAAGGCCACAUCGAAGGAUGAGUUCGAGGAAGGCCAGUUAAUAUCGUCGGACCCCCUCACGGCGAUGGACAUUCGGGCUAAGGUGUGGAAGAAGAAGUGGAGCGACCAGCAGCUCGACAUCGACCAGGUCACCAUACUCUUGGGACGUGCUAGGGCUCGCGCUCGUGAACACGCUUUCCCUCUCUUCGACUUGGAGACGCUGGAAGACGGCAUCCGAAGGAUGAAGGGCACUUCGGCGAAGGGCAUUGAGCAGUUGGGGAAGAGGGACCUCAUCUGGUUGCCCGAGCAAGGUAAGCAGGAACUGGUCCAACUUUUUCAACUUAUCGAACAGUCAGUGGCAUGGCCUCGGCAACUUACGGUGGUUCUGGUCACUCUUCUACGCAAGCCGAGCGGUGACGACAGGGCCAUUGGUAUAUUAUCGACCUUGGCGAGGCUCUGGUCGAGUUGUCGAGGCGAGUACCGUGCCAGCUGGACUAAGGCAAAGGCUGGGCAUUGGGAUGCAGCAGUGGCAGGUUCCUCAGCAUUGCGAGAGGCCUUAGCUCGCAGUUACUUGGACGAGACGGUCGCGCUCACCACGAUUAAAGAUUGGGUGCAGGCCAGCGUGCUGUGGGACAUUGAGGGGUUUUACGACGCUCUCAAGUGGCAGCUCUUACUGGAGACUGGUAUGGAGCACGAUUUUCCACCGUGCAUCUUGGCAUUGGAGAUGAUUUUACACAUGGGAGUGCGUUUCCUCCGUGACAGUGGUUAUUAUUCUGAUGCCAUCAUACCCGAGCAGAGCAUGAUAGCUGGACUUGGCGGCGCAGUGGAUUUCUCUCGCUGUUCUUUGUACAAUAUCUUGGACAGAGUGGCGCAGGGGUCUCCUGGUGUUACGGUCAGGUCUUGGGUGGAUGACGUUUCUCAAAGAGUGGAAGGCAGAUACAAAAGAGUUCUCGGAUUAGCCUUGCAAGCUGGUUUGACUUUUGCAAAAGGUUGCUCUGAGGCAGGCUUGGUGAUAUCGGCAAAGUCGACGAUUGUUACCAACAAUGCUGGGCUCGGCAAAGAGUUGAAACGAGGAUUCGCCAAGGAAGGCUUCGAGGUCAAGAUCGAGAGUGUCGCCACCGACUUGGGCAUCGAUCGAGGUACGGUUGGCUUUCGGCGUCCGAAGCAGGCUCAGCGGCGAAGAGGUGCUCAGCAGCGUUUCACUCGUGUCAAGCGGUUUGCUCAAGGUGCGGUUCGCAAGAAGAUCGGCGCAAAGUUGGCCAUGAUGGGUGUUCUUCCGAUGGCUGACUACUCGGACAAAGUCUUUGGAGCGGCCCCGUCGGUCAUCAACAGCUGGAGGAAAGCUCUGGGACAGACCCUGGCAAAGAAAUGGCCAGGUCGUUGCCUUACCACUCUUUUACAACUUCGUGUCGGCCGCAAGGACCCUCAGUACCAGAUCGUGCACAGGCUGGUGGAAUCUUGGAUGUCCAUUAUCUUCAAACCAGGCUUCGACCUAGAGUUGGCACGUCGUACCUGGAGGACGGCACGAAGGCGAAUUGACAGCAGGGAUUUGAAGGACAGAUGGAGAGGCAUCACUGGAGUGGUAUCUGCAACUAUAGCCACGCUCUUAGACAUCGGUUGGGACCCUGUGGGGCCUUGGGCAUGGAUUUCCGAUCUUGGAGAAAGAUUUAUGGCCCCAGACCGCAUCAUCGGUCAAAGCCCCCAAGAUAUGAGUGCCCUCAAAGAUGCCAUCUCUGAUACGAUCGACCGUAUGCUUUGGGAUAAGGCUUCGCGGCAUUGGAAUGGCAAAGGUCUAGAAGAGGGAGCCGACGUUUGUGAAGCUCGACGUCACCUCACAUCUUUGAAGAAGAAGGGCGAGUACGAGAUGGCAGGCGCUAUCGAGACUGUCAUGACGGGAGCCUCGUGGACGCGCAGCAGGAUCUCGACCCUGAGCAGCAGCAACUUGGACACCACCGAUUGUCAGCGUUGCAAGUGUGGAUUGGAAGAGACCGAUUUGCAUCGUAGUUGGUCGUGUUCUUGCAAUGAGGUGUUCUCGUCGGUAUCUUCAAACUUGCGUAUCAGGGCCCAACAGGACUACGAGAACCUUCCCUGCCUGUGGUUGAGGGGCAUACUGCCUGCUCCUUGGACCAAGGUGGACGAGCCGACAGACAACCCGUAUGAUGAGGUCAUCGGCCAUAAGGAUGAUCUCAAGGAUCUCGAUCAUCUCUUGGUUGGCGGUGAUGCUUCAGGAGGGCUUCAUUCAGCAGAUGCUAGGUUGCGGCGCAUUGGCUGGUCAUAUCAAGUCAUCAAGGUGACCUCCGACUCCGACCUAGACGUCCAGCUUUUGUUCUCCCGAGGCGGUGGCAUCCCCAAGAAGCAGACCAUCAACCGUGGUGAGACGACGGCCUUGCUCAGGGCCGCAGAAGAUCUGCUCAACUUAGGGGUCCCUAUCACCUUCGUCACGGACUCGGGGUACGUGGUCAAUGGGCUCCGCAAACUGUCGCAAGGGCGGCUUCCGACUACGAACCUGGACCUUUGGCUUCAGGUCAAGGACGUGGUUGCGCAGUACCCAUCUUUGCUCAGCGUCGUCAAGAUCGAGAGCCACAUGUCUGUCGAGGUGGCCAUCCAAGCUGGGACGCAGAUCGAACACUACCUUGCUAACGCCUUAGCGGAUGAAGCGGCUGGUUACUGGGCAAAUGUGGUGGCUGUUCCUAGUUCAGUGGCAGCGUCUCUGGAGCAUGCGGAAGCAAUCGGUCGUGCUGUACGCAAACACCUGGCCAAGGCUUUCCUGGCAGCGACGGAGGCGGAGCCCAAACGUGUCCGUCCGACAAGGUCCAUGGCGAAAAAGUUCAGUCGUCGUGUCAAGUUGUCCGAGCACCAGGUCUUCACUGGCAUGGGCACAUCAUUUCAUUGUUCGGCUUGUGGUUGCAGCGCGAGUGGUCGCAAGUUGGAAAGAUUCUUGGAGACGUCCUGUUUGGGGGGUGUUCUCAAGGGCCACAUUCAGAGAGUGGGCGAUGUUGGAGUUCAUGUACAAGGAGUUCCGAUUCAUGAGUCCCACCUCUUGGGUUAUUUCAAGGACCUGCAGAUCCAUGCAUGUCUGCGCUGCGGCUGUGUCGGCAAGCAUUUCCUGCGCAGGUUGGCGAAUGUGUGUUCUGGUCAGCUGGGCCACUACGGACAUCAGAACUUGGGCAAACUGGUCCGAGGCAUUCUACCAAAGGGGCGUGUGGCAUUUUGCAGCAAGCAGCCCGAGCAUAUCGGCACCUAA